CUGUCAAUUUGUUGGCCGUGUCCAUUUAUUAGACGCUGCUUCAACAGAACUCUUACUCAACAAAAAUAAUAAAUCAUUAACUUCAACACCUCGAGGAAGUCUUUGUAUUCCUCUAAUUUCUUCUUCAACAACCCCUCGUUCUACCUCUGCAACAGCUUUACUACGUCGGUCUAUAACUCAUAGAAGACGUUCACAACCUAAAUUUACUGCUAUUUAUGGAGUAGCGCAGCAUGUUGCUACUACUACAUUAAUGCCUGCACUUUUGAACACAGCAACAACGACAGGGGGACCUCCUCCGCCUUCAGCACCCCCUCCUCUACCUCAAGUAAAUAAUCCUCCACCUUCUAAUGUGCCAGCAAUAUAUGAACUUCCGCCAGUUACCGCUCCUUUAACUACAACAAAAACAACAACAAAUACCCCUUCACUCUAUCCAACAAUUCAACAAGAGCCUUCUGCUCCAGCUUUUGACCCUUGGGAUGAUCCUAAAUUUGGACAAACUUCAACAUUUGGUUUCAAAAACAACCAAAAUCAACCUCCAGAAAGUAGUACUGACCGAACAGCUCCCUCUUUUGAUGAUGAUUUUGACGAUGAUUGGUCUGAUGAGGAUGAGGAGGUUGCUGAAUUUACAAGCGCGUCUCAUUCAAUUAUUAAUGAUUCCACCACCAAUUCAACUAAUAAAAUGGUUGGAAGGAGUCAUUCUACUGGCCCGGAGACUGGUAGUCAAAUAAUUAGUAAACAACAGCAACAACAAAUUGCUACUGGGGGAACUACUCGAAUUAAAAAUUUGAAUAGAUUUACGAAUUUUGUCAAAACGGGAAUGGAAGGAUAUAUUCUCUCUACAGCCAAAUUUACUUGUUCUCCAGUUGAACAGCCUCAAAUAAUUUUGGAUGCCAGAAUUGGUGGAGUGGAAGGAGUUAUGUGGAACAACCCAUCUACUUAUUAUACUUGUAAUGUGACUAAACCUAAAAAAGAAACAAAACUUAAAGGGCUUAAAAGUUUUAUUGCUUAUUCUCUUACAUGUUCAACAACAGGAAUUCAAGUUUCGCGACGUUAUAAACAAUUUGAUUGGUUACACUUACAAUUGACAAACAAAUAUUUAAUUAUUCCAAUACCACCACUACCUGAGAAACAAGUUUCGGGUCGUUAUGAAGAAGAUUUAAUCGAACAUCGUCGUUCCAUCCUUCAACUUUGGGUUAAUAAAAUUUGUCGACAUCCAGUAUUAUCCCAAUCAGAAGUAUGGAAGCAUUUUAUGUCUUGUACAGACGAAACAAAAUGGAAGAAAGGAAAAAGACUUGCAGAACGAGAUGAAUAUGUUGGGGGAAAUUUUUUCUCUUCUGUUAAUGCUCCAAAUGUUGUUUUGGAUGUGGCUAAUGUAGGCACCGCCGUAGAACGAUUUGCUCGUUUGUCACGAAGUCUUGACGAAAGUUGUCGAAAAAUAUAUGAUCAAGUAGUUGAAACACAAAAAAGAAUGGCUGGACCAUACAAAGCUAAUUGGCAAAAGAUGGCAGCUGCUUUUGAUUCACUUGGGCAAUCUUUGGAUAUUGGGGGAAAUGCAAACAAUUCUUCCGUUCAAAACGCCAUAAAAACAAGUGCUCAUGUUUUGCAUAAGAUUGGUGAACAACACGAAGAAUAUGGACACAAACAUUUGGAACAAUUAUUAGAUUUUUUGUUUGUUGCUAAAGGAACGUUUGCGGCGAUACCCGAUGUUGUUAAUAUACAUAAAUCAGCAUUUGCUAAAAUACGUGAAAAUGAAAGGUACCAAAAUGAAGGCAAAUUAUCUGCUGAAGACGCUGAAAAUAUUCGACAAAAGGUGGAUGUUUGUUCUUAUUCAAUGCUUGCAGAAAUUAACCAUCAACAAUCUGAACGUGAUUUAGAUUUUGCUACAAUGUUUGGAUCCUUCUUUUCUCAACAAGCUGCAUUUUAUCAUAAUAUUGGAAAUCAACUUACACAUUUAGCUUCACUUUAUAAACCUAAAUGA